UGACGUAGCUGUUAUUAGCUAGCACAGCUAGCAGCAGCAGCUAGCCACUCGGCGGAACAGCCGUGUGCAGACGCAACGCAGUUUAGAGAAUUGAAGCGAUCCUAGUGACCCAUACAAGGGUACCCAUGCAAAGUUAAGCUGCACAUUUAGGCGAUUCGUCUUUCGCAGUGGACUGAAACCAAAAGAAAAGCUGUAUUUACUGUCGUGUCAACAAAGUUUGUGGCUGUAAUCUUCGGAUGCACUGUUUUGUGCAAACUUGCUGCCGCUUUAACGACCUCGGUGGAGAGAUUCCAGGACGGAGCGGAGGCUAGCUCCUGAUAGGUUGUUAGCCUUCGAGCUAAACCCACAAGCAAGGAGCCAGUUAGCUGGGGAUAGUUUUGGAUUCACUGCCUGAAGCUGCGGAGCCCUUGCUGCGACCGGUUGAAGACACGUAUCGGUGCUUACUAGUCCCCCGGCAGUAGACGACCACUCGAUAUAAAGCUGGAGUUGCUGGUUAGCUAGCUAACUAACCAUAGCAGUACCCAUCUAGUUAAGGAGCUAGCUAGCAUCACCGCACAGCCUGCCUUCCACCGAGGUGCACUUCCCCCACUCUCCCUCCAGCCGGCUAGCCGCAGCGAUAGUCCGGUACAUAAAAUGAAGGGACCAUCAGCCUUUUGGGAAGCUGUGUGGCUGUUUGGAUUGCUGUGAUGUACGAGGAGACAAUAUCGUUUUUUUGAGAUCUCUGUCAAGGAGGUCAAAAUCAGUACGGGGAAUGGACGAGCAGAAAUCAAACUGCGAAGAAAAUGACUCUGAACCUACAGCUGAUGACAAUGCUUCUUCAAAGCAGCUUGUCUCCUCGGAGGAGGAGUCCGAAGCCCUUCUUCCUGCUGAGGACGUUUCCAGUGCUGAUGCAGCCUUGUCCAGCACACCUGUAGAGAGCGCCCGAGCCUGUGCGCUUUGUAACUGUGUGGAGAAGAGUCUGCAUGGACAGCGGGAACUGAGACACUUGGGGCCAUUUUCUGAGCAGCCCAGCAUCAAGCCAUCCGCUUCCCCACUGCCACAGCCAGGGAAUGAUGACCUGUCUUCCAUUGGAUUUUCCGACUCCCCCUCUCUGGCAUCACUCUUUGACGACUCAGGGGGUUGUGCGGUUCACCACUGGUGUGCGGUGUGGUCGGAGGGUGUAAAGCGGAUGGAGAAUGAGGAGUUGGAGAACGUGGAUAAGGCCGUUAUCUCAGGGACACAGCGGCUUUGCGACUACUGCAAAAGGCUUGGCGCGACGAUUCGAUGCCAUGCUGAGGCCUGCACGAGGUUCUACCACUUCCCCUGCUCGGCGGCCAGCGGAUCCUUCCAGUCCAUGAAGCAGUUGGUCCUCCUCUGUCCAGAGCACAUAGAUAAGGCAGAGGAGUUGGCAGGUGAGGAGUCUUGGUGUGCAGUGUGUGACUCAGCGGGGGAGCUCACAGACUUGCUGUUCUGUACGGGUUGUGGCCAACAUUAUCAUGCGGCCUGUCUUGAGAUUGGUGCUACUCCCAUCCAGAGGGCUGGGUGGCAGUGCCCCGAGUGUAAAGUGUGUCAGACUUGCAGGCAACCAGGAGAAGACUCCAAAAUGUUGGUAUGCGAUGCCUGUGAUAAGGGCUAUCACACCUUCUGCCUCGAGCCAGCCAUGGAUUCUCUUCCCUCUGACCCGUGGAAAUGCAGAAGGUGUCGUGUCUGCACGGAGUGUGGUGUCCGUGGACUGGUGCUGCCGGGUUUGGCCCAGUGGUUUGACAACUACGCCGUGUGUGAGGGCUGUCAACGUCACCGCAGCUCUGUGUGUGGCGUGUGCAGCAAAGCUGCCAACCCAUCCGUCACUCUGCUGUCCUGCAGCACAUGCCACAGGUGGGUGCACAGUGAGUGUGCUGUACCUGAGGAACUUUCAGAAGCCAAGUGCAUCUGCCAGCUUUGCAAGGAGGGCGAGCAGCAGCCUGUCACUCAACCACAUACAACGGAGAUACAGACCAGAGAGGCGUCUGAGGAGACUGAAGGACAUGUGACUUUGGUGGAGAUGACAAUCCAAACGGAUGCAGACAUGGUGACAGAAGAGCACACAGACUUAUCAGGGGUGACAUGCCGACAGAAAGACGCUUCAGAGAUGGUUCAGGCUGAAGCCAUAACUGACAAAGAGACACCCAUGGACUUGGGGGUGGAGCCUGCAGUUGUUGAGACAACAGACCAGGAGAAAAUUAAGGAGGACGAGCCGCAGGUAGCAACAGAAAUAUCAACUUCUGAGGCAACCGCUGUUCCACUUGGGUCCACAGACUGCGCAACAAAAGAACAGAGGGCCUCUUGUCUUCCUGCUGAUGAAGAGGGAGCAGAAGAGGAAGUCAGUCAGGUGACCUCAGCAGCCCCUUCCCGCGACCCCACAGCAGAGACGCUAGCUGAAAACCUCAAAGUAGAACCAACUGCAGUGUCACAGCAGGGCCCCGAGAGUAUGGAGGUGGAGAAGCUACAGGCCACUCCCUCGGUGGAACAAGACGUAUCGCCAGAGUUAUUAAACAAUGACUCGGAUGGCCCACCGAUCACAGAACCGUUCAGUAAGGAUCCACCAAAGUUAUCAGCUUCUCCUACCUCCGUGGAGAAAACUGAGCCCAUGGAUAACUGUCAGGGAAGCAGUCCGUGCCAGGACCCCCAAUCUCCUCUUUCUUUAUCCAUGGACGCACAAGAGGUCCUCUCUUCUAUGGAAAGAGGUGGGAGGUUACUACCUCACUCUGAAGACGACGAGGACGAAGAGUAUGAUGACAUGAGAGGAGAUGAUGACAUAAAGCAGGAACUGCACGAGCAAGAAGUAAAGAGGGAAUUGUUGCUGGACGAUAUGUCAUAUAUGAGCCACGGAGACGAGAGCAGCAGUGGCUUUUUGGGCUCUCCAGGAGAGCAAGAUCCUCAGCUCUCCAUUGAGUUUGGGCUUGUACCCGCUGGCCGCUCACACGCAGAUAAUCUACUCACUGAGACUGAUGACUCGCUUCCCUUCGAACCAUUCAGAAGCGACAGGGAGAAGGUGAAACGCAGAGGGUCCCCCGGCCGCUCACGUGUCAAACAGGGGCGGAGCAAUAGUUUUCCGGGGAAGCGUAGGCCCCGAGGUGGAGGUGUAGGAGGAGGUGGUGGUGGCGGCGGCGGAGGGAGAGGACGUGGUGGGAGGUCACGCCUCAAAGCCAUGGCCUCUUGCAUUGAUGCUUUCUUGCUAAGCAUGACCACAGAAACUGGACUGAGUAAGGAGGAGGACGAGGAAGAAGAUGACACCAUGCAGAACACGGUGGUCCUUUUCUCAAACACCGAUAAAUUUGUCCUGCUCCAGGACAUGUGUGUUGUGUGUGGCAGUUUUGGAAAGGGUGCAGAGGGGCAGUUGUUGGCUUGUGCUCAGUGUGCCCAGUGUUACCAUCCUUACUGUGUGAACAGCAAAAUCACAAAGACGAUGCUCCGAAAGGGCUGGCGCUGUUUGGAAUGUAUUGUGUGCGAGAUGUGCGGAAAGGCUUCGGACCCCUCCCGUCUGCUGCUGUGUGACGACUGUGAUGUCAGCUAUCACACCUACUGCUUGGACCCUCCCCUGCACAAUGUUCCCAAGGGUGGUUGGAAGUGCAAAUGGUGUGUAUGCUGUGUGCAGUGUGGCUCCAACUCCCCGGGUUUCCACUGUGAGUGGCAGAACAACUACACCCACUGUGGCCCCUGUGCGAGCCUCGUCACUUGUCCGGUAUGCAGAGAGAACUUCAUGGAGGAGGAGCUGCUGCUGCAGUGUCAGUACUGUGAUCGAUGGGUCCAUGCCGUCUGUGAGAGCCUGUACACAGAGGAUGAGGUGGAACAGGCUUCUGAUGAGGGCUUUGCAUGCACAUCCUGCUCCGCAUAUGUUCCGAAACCCGUGGUAGUAGAGUCAGCCAUUAUGGCUUCAAUAAAGAUCAAAGAGCCAGAACCCCAGUUCUACCGGUUGGAGGGUGUGUGGCUGACUGAGUCGGGUAUGUCCCUACUCCGCAGCAUCUCCAUGUCUCCCCUGCACAAGAGGCGGCAGCGACGCUCCCGUCUCGGCACUCUGUGCUGUGACGGAGGUCCUGAUGGAAUGGAUCUGAGGGAAGUCGAGGAAGGAGAGGAUGGAAAAGGCUGUGGGGAGCCCAUGGAAUGCGACUCAAAGAUGGAGAACCCUGGGAGCCCUGACCGAGAUGGGGGUGCAGAGGGAGGCCCUGAAGGCAUGGCUGACUGCGAGGGCCUCAAAGGAGGAUCAGAGGAGAUGGAUGAUAGCAAGAAAAGAAAGCGGAAACCCUACAGGCCUGGAAUUGGAGGCUUCAUGGUGCGACAGAGGAAGUGUCACACACGGAUGAAGAAAGAAUUCUUUGCCCAGUUGGCUGGAGAGACAACAUUAGAUGGGCAGCCAAUAGAGAGAACCAUUGACGAAGGACCUCACCCUGACACAGAUAACAUAAUGGACCCUAAACCAGUGGAGGGUGAGGAACAGGCCAAGAAACGCCGGGGACGGAAGAAGAGCAAACUUGAGGACAUGUUUCCAGCCUAUCUCCAGGAGGCUUUCUUUGGGAAGACACUAAUAGACAUGAGUAAGAAAGCUGCAAUGAUACCUCCCGGGCAGAGGCCUGGCGCAUGUCUGGUCCGACCUUCAUUACCAGCACCAUUAGGGGUCAAAUCUACUGCCCCAGAGAUUGACGAUGGUGUCGUAAAAGAAAAUUUUCCUCUCAAGCAAGAAUGGGGUGAGGCCUCUCAGGCUCAGGGAGAAGGUGCGGGAGUUUCUGCAUCUUCCUCAUCGCUGAAGGACCAGUUGCCGACUGAUCCGCAUGACUCUGAUGCAGAAAAACGUGAAGGACUUCCGCAAGGGAUAGAGAGUCAGGACUCUGAGCAGUUCUUCAGGAAGGUUCUGGGAGUGUCAGACGGCUCCUCUUUGGAGGGCAUGAAGCCCAUCUUGGAGGGCAGUAAGGGAGAACUCAAUCGAGGCGCUCUGCCGCAAAGAGCUCUCCUCUCAGGGUCCCUGCCCUCGGCUGGAAUGAUGGAUGCUUUUCCUGGCCUCAAUCAGUCACCCUUCUUUGAUAUGCGGGACCGAGGUGGACUGUUCAGUCCGGAUGGGGGUGAUGAAAGCCCCUGGGCCACUCCCUCUACCCCAGCAACCCCCUCCUCCCCGGCGACCCCCACUGAGACAGAGGGCGAUGGGCUGUCCUACAACCAACGCAGUCUCCAGCGGUGGGAGAAAGAUGAGGAGCUGGGAGAACUUUCAACUAUCUCCCCUGUGCUUUAUGCCAAUACCAACUUUCCCACUCUUAAACAGGACUACCCAGACUGGGCUAGUCGCUGUAAGCAAAUCAUGAAGGUCUGGAGGAAGGUGUCCGCUGCCGACAAGGUUCCAUAUCUGCAAAAGGCCAAAGAUAACCGAGCAGCUCAGAGGAUCAACAAGGCGCAGAAGCAGGCCGAGAGUCAGGUGUGCAGGCCCAUCAAGACCGAGGGAGUGCGUGUGAAGACUGAGCGUCCCAGUUUACACCUCCAGAUACCGCCACAUUCAGGCUCUACGCCAAUCUCCUCCCAGCCCAGCUCUGCAGAAAGUCCCUUUCCCUUCCCUCCAGAUUCAGGAUCAUCCUCGGUCUUUUUCUCAGAUGGACCUGUUAAGACCCCGGGGUCAGCUGAAAUCCGGACAGAUCCCUUUGCUAAGCUUCCUCCUCAGUCACCCCAUUCUCACUCUCACCCAACCACACCCUUCUCCCAUGCUGGGGCCAGCCCCCUGCAGGCCUCUUCCUCAGGUUAUUCCGCUUCCGGCCCACAGGGUCCUCCUCAGGGACGGCCAGCCAGUCUUGGCCCCUUUGACAUGCAACCAGGAACUCCUGGAACCCCCAGACGGGCUCAGCAGGUUGACCCCUACUUCAGAUCACAAUUGCAGCAGCAACAUCUACCACAAUCGCAGCAAGGCUCCCUGGAGUCCCUCGGACCUCCAGAAAGUCCUCAUUCAAGAGGAGCAGGGCUCGGGGAGUCGCCGAUCUUCUCGCCAACGCACAACACCCACUAUGGAGACCCUUUCAGAACCCAGCAAGGUAUGGGACGGUUAGAAUACGGUUCAUCCCCAUCACCCUCUGCUGUGGCUUCCUCACCUGCAAGCACAGGGCAGUACAAGGCUGAUAUGAGUGCACCAUCUCCCCGCUCUGCUGGUGUGGGUAGGUCUGAUCUAUCCACUGACUCUCCGGCCGGGAUGCUGGAGUCUGGGGAUGGUUUGUUCAAGGCGCCUAUGACGCCCCGAAUGCACCAAGGCGAGGGUGGUACACUUCAUCCUGGAGCUUCCCCUAGCUACCCCUCUGAGGGCUACAGGCAGUCUCCCUCCCACCCAUUCUCUGACUCCCACACUCAGCAAUCACUGACUCCCAGGCCACAGUCAGGCGACAAUUGUUCUAUUGGACCCCAGAGACACCCUGUAGCUCAACAGGAAUUAUGUCCGAGAGUGCCCUCCAGCCCCCAGUCCCAGGGCAGCUCCCAGUCCCCCCACACUCCUGGUGGCCAUUCCAACGAUCCCUACUCUGUCCAUUCUCCUGCUACACCUCGUUUCCAAUCCCCGGACCUUUGUUCUCAGUCACCUUCAAGGCCCCAAUCUAGAGACCCUUUUGCUACUAUCCAGAAACCCUCCCGCCCUCCUUCUGCUGCACCGGAGGGAACUGUAAUGUACAAAACCUCACCUCAUUCUAACCAGCAAUCUUCACCCCAUUCGACUAACAAUUCCACAGGUGAUCCCCUCUCUGGUAAACCGUCAGCACCUCCUACUUUCAGCCGCAGCCCAAGCACGGGAGGUUACCAAAUAACCCAGCAGCAGAGUCAGAUGUUACAGGGUCAGCUCCAGCAACAACAGCCACAAACUCAGCGGACAAUGAGUGCAGACGGCUACGGCUCCAGGGUCCCGCCCCUUUCCGGGUCUCAAGAGCUAUCAGCUGGUCGCCCUCCAGACUCGCCUCAUCAGCCAGCUUUGCCGGGCCCUCAAGAAAUGCCCGACAUUUCAGCAGUGCAGGACCCUGCACUAGUAGGCCUUAGCCCCUCUGAGCUGGACAAACAUCGACAGCGACUGAGGCUGAGGGAAUUCUUAAUCCGACAACAAAUACAGAGAAAUUCCAUCAGACAAGAAAAGGAGGCUGCUGCCGCUGCCGCUGCUGCCGGCAGCACAUCCCCUGGCUGGUCUGGAGGAGAGAUGGGAGCCUUUCAACAAGACAAGGCCCACAGAGCACCACCACCAUAUCCACAGGAUCGUGUUGCUGCUAACACUCCUGGACCUCAGACUUCUGUGGCAGGGAAUAUGCCCAUGGCUGUUGGAGGCAUGGAGGACAAGCUCAUUCGCCCACCUCCUACAGGAACUCCUGCCAUCAUUGACCCAAAUGCACUAAGGGCACAAGGGCCCAGCAGACCUCAGGGCAUGUUUGCCCGUCCUCCGUUCCCUCCUCAGUGGCAGGGCCAGCCUCCAGGUCCAAGGAGGUUUCCCCAGCCAGGCUUGGAUGUCAUGGGUAUGAGGCAGAAUCUCAACCCUGCUGCCAACAUCCAGGGCAUGGAAGGCAUGGGUAACCCUCACACCAUGAUAUCAGGACAUGGCGGAGAGAUCGUCCAACCAAUGGGUCAGGGACCCCCGCCGCAGUUCAUUGAAUUGAGACACAACUCGCAGAGGCUUUCACUGCGACCUCAGUUUAUGCCCCGUGGACCCCAGCAAAGACCUCGUCUCUUUGUUCCACACCAAGAUAUGGCAGCACCUUAUGUUCAGCAACAUCCCAUAGCUCAAGCUGGUGGAAUUCAAACCGAGGGGGGCAGCAACUCACAGCAGGGUGGACUGUCUGUUUUGCUGCCUCAGCAGUCGACAGACUCGUUAACACAACAGCCGCACUUGCAGCCGCUGGCAGUUACCUCCGCUCCUAACAUUCCUAGCGGUGAGCAGCAUCAGCUUCGACAACCAAGCCAUGUCACGCAGCCCCAGCCUGCCACGGCAGAACAUAACGAGCUGCCAGAGCCGGACCUUGAGGGGCUCGGGGAUGCCCAUGGGGAUGGAGGUGUUGAGGAUGAGGAUGAUUUGGCCCUGGAUUUGGACCCUGACAAAGGAGACGAUGACUUGGGCAACCUGGACAACCUUGAAACCAAUGAUCCGCACCUAGAUGACUUGCUUAACAGUGACGAGUUUGACCUCCUGGCAUACACGGAUCCUGAGCUGGACCAAGGGGACCCUAAAGAUGUCUUCUCAGACCAGCUGCGGUUGGUGGAAGCCGAGAGUGAAGCACCUUCCUCUGCGCUUGUUAAAGUGGAAGAAAAAGCCAUGGUAGAGCCAGGGCACAGGUCUCUCACAACAGCCGCUGCCAAUGAAAGGGGGUCUGCAUCCCAACUGUCAACCUCUGCCGAUAUGGUUGAUACCUCCAAGGUAAAAGUGGAGGACAGAGGUCUGCCUUCUCAGCAGCAUCCAGGACAUACGGUAGUGAAAGACGAAAUAGGAGAGGCUGUGUCAAUGCUUCUUGGUGGGAACGCGCCUGCCAAGCCUCAACAACCACAAAACCAGUCAGCUUCGCUCAGUUCUGUUCGAUUAGGGGGACUUCCUUACUCUUUGCCAGGUCAAGCUAAUGUGUUGACUUUUCCUCCAACUGCCGCACAUGCAAAUCUUGAUGAUCCGCUGGGACUGCCCGAUGUAGGGGAACAGCACUCUCUUGCUGUAGAUUUGGCAAAGGUAGAGAGCUCCUUAGAUGGUGAAUUGCCCCUCCUGAUACAGGAUCUUCUGGAGCAUGAGAAGAAGGAACUACAGAAGCAGCAACAGCUCAGUUCCCUCCACCAAGGAGGCAUGGCACCCCAUUUUCAGAGCCUCUCGAGUCAACAGUCUAACCCACAGGCACCCGGACAGAUUAUGCUGCCACACCACCAUCGGCCACCACCCCAAGGAAUGAUGGCUCAGCCAGGGAUGAUGCCCCGUGCUCCACACAUGUUGCAGCAACAGCAGCAGCAGCAGCAAAGGCUUAUGGGACCUGGAAUGGCACCUCACAUGAAUAUGGCCCAGCAGCAAGCCAUGGUGAGGAUGGGUCAGCCAGGGAUCCAUGCAGGUGUCGGUCAUCUCCCGCAGACAUUGAUUAAACCACCUCUGGCCAACAACUUCUUCCCAGAUAAAGAUUUAGACAAGUUUGCCACUGACGACAUUAUGGAUCCCAUUGCGAAGGCGAAGAUGGUGGCACUUAAGGGUAUCAAGAGAGUGUUGGCACAGGAUCCAAUGGUUGUUCCUUCUGGCAUUAACAGGCAACAAGUUUCUCUGCUUGCUCAGAGGCUGGCCUCUGCCCCGGGCACAGAUCCAGGUCAACUUACACCUGGACCUCCAAAGGAGGGAGAAACAAAUGAUCCCACCCAGUCAAGGCCUAACCCACCCCAGUUUGUACAAGGAAUCAUCAAUGAUGCGGAACAGCACCAAUAUGAAGAAUGGCUUCUUCACACUCAGCAGUUACUCCAAAUGCAGUUGAAGUUUUUGGAGGAACAGAUUGGAGUUCAUCGCAAAUCACGCAAGGCUCUGUGCGCCAAGCAACGCACUGCUAAGAAAGCUGGAAGGGAGUUUGCUGAGGCCGAUGCCGAGAAACUAAAGUUGGUAACGGAAGAGCAAAGCAAAAUUCAGAAACAGCUUGACCAGGUGCGAAAGCAGCAGAAGGAGCACACCAAUCUCAUUGCAGAGUACAAAAGCAAACAGCAACAACACCAGCAAAGCUCAGGUAUUCUUCCCCCGGGUCACACUGCACAGGGGGCCCCCCCUCACAUGUUUCCCAAGAUGCCUGGUCAGAUGAUGAUGGGCCAACAGGGAACACCAGUAAUGGCCCAACACCCUGUUGUGAUGCCCCAAAGCGGAAUGCCUGUCAGGAUGCCCCAAGGACAGCCUUUUAUCGCCCAGCCCCAGCUUCCUGCUGCUCUUUUAGCCAGGGCCCCCAGGGCCCCGGGUCCUCCUGGUGCUCCACCAGGAUUCUUCCCACAGGGUCCUGGAAUCCAAGGUGCCGAUCCAAGGCUUCUCCAAGAAAGACAGCUUCAGCAUAGGAUGCAGAUGGCAAAGCUCCAGCAGCAGCAGCAGCAGCAGCAGCAGCAACAACAACAACAACAGCAACAACAACAACAGCAGCAGCAGCAGGUCAUGAUGGGACAACAACCAAUGCCUCACCCAAAUCAACAAUCUGGCUUAAUUGCUCAGCCACCAUCCAGUAUGAUGGGGAACCCACUUAUGGCCCAACAACAAGCAAACUCUCAACAGGGAAUACUAGCCAACCAGCCCAAUCAACAAGGCAUGGUGCAGGUCCCGCAAAGAAUUAUUGGAGGCCAGUCUGUGCCUCCACUGUCACAGAACCUUGCUGCAGACCAGCCUAUUGCACAUAGUCAAGCCAUGAUGGCAGUUCAACCAGGGGUUAUGGGAAACCCGCCAGUUGCACUAGCACAGCAGCAGAGGCCCCAGCUUAUGAUGGGGCCGCAGGGAAUGGUAAGAUCUCCUGGUCACCCCGGCCUCAGGGGUCCCCAGGCCCAGUUGACUCCGCAGCAACAGAACAUUCUAGCCCAACGCAUGCUUGCAUCUCAGCAACAGCAUCAGCAAAAUUUAGCCCACCAGCAGCAGCAGAUUGCGCAGCAAAGACAACAAACUCAAUUGAUCAGUCAAUCCAACCAAGAGCAAGGAGCGCUCCCCCAGCCCUCAACCCCACAGAUGGGCUCCUCUCCCUCCACAGGAAGUGUCACGCCGCAGCCACAGGGAGCUACAGACAACCAAAACUCAGGCCCCAAAGAGGGGGGGAUCCUCUGCCCCGAUUCAAGAACGCCACCGCAGCACAGUGGACCCUCCACUCCCAAUCAGAUGCCCCAACUUGGCGCUACUAAUGAUCAUCAAAGUGACGUGGGACGACAGCAGUUGCAGCAUCAGCAGCAUCAUCAAAACCAGGUUUAUAUGGCCCAGCAGCCACAAUCAAAUUCUCAAUCUGUACCCGAGGAUCAAACGGGUUUGGUUGGAAACCAACAAACUGGUGUGCUUCAGCAACAACUUCCGCUGAUUCUCCAGAGGCAAAGUUCCCUCAGUGUGGACAAGCCCAUGACUGUUAAAGAGGAAAGGAAACCAAUUGAAUUCUUAGCUCAGCAGCAGCAGCAGCAACAACAACAACAAACAGUACAAAAUGCCAUGCAGCAGUCACAAGAUCCCAGCAUCCAACAGCAGAUCAUAAACCAGAACCAUUCUGGACAGCCACCGUCUGUUAUGAUGGGUCAUAGUGCACAACAACAUGCCCUCAUGGCCCAGCAGCAAAAACAACAAGCCAUGAUUGGCAUGAUGAGAGCCCAGCAGCAAGGGAUGUUGUCACAGAGGCCCGUGGUUCCACCCGGACAGAUCCGCACCCCGAUCAACAUCCAGGCCAUUAUCGCUCAGAAUCCUCAGCUGCGUAAUCUUCCCCCGAACCAGCAGAUACAGCACAUCCAGGCCAUGAUUGCCCAGCGACAGCUUCAACAGGGACAGAUGCUGCGGAUGUCUAUGGGACAAGGCCAGCAAAGUCAGUUGAGGCCUCAUAUGCCUCCAGGACAGAUGCCACAGGUUGUGCAGCAGAUGCAGUACGGAGCCGUAGGAAAGCCGGGAGCAGUGGGUGCUCAGCAACAAUCAGGCAUGUUGGGUCAGCAAUCUGGUGUUGCUCCACAAAUGCAACAGGGGAUGAUGAUCCCUGGGCAGCAGCAACCAGCGCAGCAACAGCAACCAGUAGGGCAGAUGAUGCAGCAACAUAUUAUGAGAGGCCAGGUACCAGUGCCACCCUCCCCCAUGGACCAGGGCCGAAUGGUAAGGCCAACCUCUCCCCGCCAGCCGAUGGUCAAUUCUCCCGGGCAUUCAUUUAAUCAAAGUAUGGGUAUGCGUCCACCCACUCCUAACCAGAACCAGCAAGCACUAAUGCCAGCUGCAGCAGGCCGCAUGCAGGGUUCUCCAUCCCAUGCAUAUUCUCCAAGAGGUCCCUUUGGCAUGAGCCCCGCCCACCCGGCUUCGCCUCAUUCAUCCCAUGUCUCCUCGCCUUCUGUGGCCGACAGCAGGCCUGGGAGGGGGAGUCCGUACAGCCACGUGAAGGCCUCUCCGCUCAGGUCCCCUGGAGCCAGGAGUCCACUUGACUUCCCUGGAAUGAAAGUAGAAGCCCAGCCAUCGGGCAGUGAAGCACCCCACUCAGCCUCAACCAUCUCCAAUGGUCCAAAGAAAUGCUUUAAUAUUCAGCAGCAGCAGCAGCUGCAGCAGAUCACAGAGAACCAUGGUCCUCACACACAACAUGGCCCUAGAGUAGGGGAGCUAUGCAAGAUGACCUUACAGAACAUCAAACAGGAGCCAAGAGAGGUUCAAUGCGAUGGUGCGCCACAGGCUCAUCCUGGGGCUAUAAAGCGGGAAGUAACUGGGGAGGCAGUUUCUUCUGGGAACAACACUGGCUUUAUUAAUGCUGGAGACCCUGGGACUCAAGGUCCCCGAUCGGAGACCGGACAACAACUACUACAGAAGCUUCUUAGAACCAAGAACCUUCAGCUUGGCGCGCAGAGGCCCUCUGAAGGCAUCCACAAUGAGAUAAAUGGCCACAUUAACAGCAAACUAGCAAUGCUGGAACAGAAACUUCAAGGCACUCCACGAAAUAUGGAGGAUUUACAGUCAAUAACGAAAAGGGCUCCUGCACAAAAGCCAAAGCGCACUAAUAAGGCAUCUGGAGACAGAGGGCCUAACGCCCGGAAGAAGAAUAAAAAGGAAGAAGUUGGCAAAAGUGCUGAAGCCCUGAUAAAGCAACUCAAACAGGGUCUCUCUCUGCUGCCUUUGAUGGAGCCUUCGAUCACUGCCAGUCUGGACCUGUUUGCCCCUUUUGGAAGCAGCCCAGUCAAUGGAAAAGCCCAGCUCAAAGGAUCCUUUGGCAACGCAGUGCUGGACAAUAUCCCGGACUACUACUCUCAGUUACUCACAAAGAGUAACCUCAGCAACCCACCAACACCCCCAUCCUCCCUGCCACCCACUCCUCCGCCUUCAGUACAGCACAAACUGCUUAAUGGCGUGACUCUUGUAGGGGUGCUGUCUGAGGGUCAGAAAGACACGGAAGCAACUGAAGAGCAAAUGGAUUCUGUGAAAGAUGAGGUUAAGAGUGUUGACAUUCUAGCAGCGCUCCCCACCCCACCACAUAACCAGAAUGAGGACAUCAGGAUGGAGAGUGAUGACGAGGACGCCCCAGAAAGCAUCAUACCUGCAUCAUCUCCCGAAAGUAACGUCGGGGACGAUACGCCACGUUUCCCUCAACUGCGUGAGCCUAAAGAGGAGGAAACGGAGAGAGCAAUAUCCCCCAUCAUCCCUCUGAUUCCUCGCACUGCCAUCCCAGCAUUUCCAGAAAACAAACCCUUUGAAGCAGCUGAGGACAAAGUCGUUUCCACAUCCAACCACUGGGACAAGGCCAAGAACAACGAAGUGUCUGUUACGUUCACAUUGUCCUCUGCUGCAGCGAAGAAACUGAAUCACGUGAUGAUGGCCAUGGCCCAGCUUCUUAAUAUCAGAAUGCCAGGCUCUUAUGAGGUGACUUUCCCUCCCCAAAACCCUGACAUGGCUGCAGUGGAUGGGCCUGGCAAAGGGUCCGAACAGUCAGUUGAUCUGGGAGCAAAGGACAGUGCGUCACCCAGUCAGGAUGACUGGCUGAGGCAAUUUGAUGUGUCACUACCGGGCUGUACGUUGAAGAAACAAGUGGACAUUCUGGCUCUCAUUAAACAGGAAUUCCAAGAAAAAGAAGACACACCGGCCCAGCACUGUUACACAACCAAAGUAAAUGACUUGGAUGUGCGCCACCUUCCUGCUAUACCCGUGGAAGAAUCUCCACCCCCAUCACCAUCUCCUCCAUCCCCUCCAUGUCCUCCAUCGGUGCCAGUUCCUACAAGUGAAGCCGAACCUUCCAAAAAGCCAGCUUCUCCGUCCGCGCCUCCCUCAAGUCUCGCCAUCGUCCAGAUCAAGACGGAGGCCGAGCAGCAUGACGGCCCCGCCGUUGAUGCUGCUCGGCCUACUGAGGUCCCGGAGUCUGAAGUUGCCGUUCUGGAGCCGGUCACAGAUCCGGCAACUACCGCCUCAGUUCCAGAUCCUUCUUCUCCCACUGAUCCAACCAAAGUCCUGCCGAGUUCCGCUAUCAAGGAAGAGGACUUGGCAGCUGAUCUCGCUCCACCGCCCCAAGAUUCUCCCAACAACAUGGAGUCUUCCCAGAAGGCGGUGAAGCAGCGCAGGCCUCUCUCCCCCGACGAGGAGGUGGUACAUCCCAAAGUGAAGAAAUGGAAGGGGAUUCGCUGGAAACGUCUUCAGAUUGUCAUCACCAUACGUAAGGGCGGGUCUAAGAAGGAGAGCAGCCGCGAGGUGUCGGAGCUGAUGGAUCGCCUGCGCAUCGCUCUGCGGCCGGACAGGCUGCCUCGGGACAAACGCAAGUGCUGCUUCUGCCACGAGGAAGGCGACGGCGCCACGGACGGGCCCGCCCGGUUGCUCAACAUCGACGUGGACCUGUGGGUGCACCUCAACUGUGCCCUGUGGUCCACGGAGGUGUACGAGACGCAGGGCGGCGCCCUCAUCAACGUGGAGGUAGCGCUGCGUCGGGGGUUGAGAACUCUCUGCGCGUACUGCCAAAAAACGGGCGCCACCAACAGCUGUAACCGAAUCCGCUGCCCGAAUGUCUACCACUUUGCAUGCGCCAUGCGGGCGCGCUGCAUGUUCUUCAAGGACAAGACCAUGUUGUGCACCCAGCACAAGCUGAAGGGGCCCAGCGAAGACGAGCUCGGCAUGUUCGCGGUCCUACGGCGCGUCUACAUCGAGCGCGACGAGGUGAAGCAGAUCGCCAGCAUCCUGCAGCGGGGCGACCGCGUCCACUUGUUCCGCGUGGGCGGCCUCAUCUUUCACGCUGUGGGCCAGUUGCUACCGUCACAGAUGGCCAACUUCCACUCGCCCACCGCCAUCUUCCCUGUCGGCUACGAGGCCACUCGCAUCUACUGGAGCACGCGCGUGCCCAACAAGAGAUGCCGGUACCGCUGCCGCGUCAACGAGGACGACGGCCGGCCCCUGUUUGAGGUGCGCGUCCUGGAGCACGGCAUGGAGGACCUGCAGUACCGCGACACGACUCCAGAGGGCAUCUGGGAACGGGUGGUUCAGCAGGUGGCCAAACUGCGAGACGACUCAUCCAUGUUGAAGCUGUUCACCGAACACGUCAAAGGAGAGGAGAUGUACGGCCUCACGGUGCACGCUGUCAUGCGUAUCACCGAGUCGUUGCCUGGAGUAGAGAUGUGCCAGAACUACCUGUUCCGAUAUGGUCGCCACCCUCUGAUGGAGCUUCCUCUGAUGAUCAAUCCCUCUGGCUCUGCUCGCUCUGAGCCCAAAGUCCCCACACAGUGCAAGAGGCCUCACACUCUGAAUAGCACCAGCGUCUCAAAGGCCUACCAGAGCACCUUCACGGGGGAGCUCAACACGCCGUACAGCAAGCAGUUUGUCCACUCCAAGUCGUCCCAGUAUCGACGCCUGAAGACGGAGUGGAAGAACAACGUCUAUCUGGCACGAUCGCGCAUUCAGGGCCUCGGCCUGUACGCCGCCAAGGACCUGGAGAAGCACACCAUGGUCAUUGAGUACAUCGGCACCGUCAUACGCAACGAAGUGGCCAAUCGUCGGGAGAAGAUCUACGAGUUUCAGAACCGCGGUAUCUACAUGUUCCGCAUCAACAAUGAGCAGGUGAUUGAUGCCACUCUGACAGGAGGUCCAGCUCGCUACGUCAACCACUCCUGUGCUCCGAACUGUGUUGCUGAAGUUGUAACAUUUGACAAAGAAGACAAGAUUAUCAUCAUUUCCAGCCGCAGGAUCCCCAAGGGAGAAGAGCUGACCUACGACUACCAGUUUGACUUUGAGGACGAUCAGCACAAGAUCCCUUGCCAUUGUGGAGCCUGGAACUGCCGAAAGUGGAUGAACUAACCAGAAGAAAGGAACAUGGAAACUUCCCCUCUUACUGGUGCCAGAACAUUCUCGCGCCAAAGCCUUUGAAUCCUAUCCAGUUCAUAAGCUGAUGUGGAGGAAAGCUGGCCUCAGUCUUUGAAAGACUUAAGCGGUGACACCUGUAGCCAAAGGUUUGAAGAGCAUUAAUCAAUAAAAGUAUCUGACCACCUCCCAUCCACAGCAGCUCUAUGGUGGGACUAACUUCCAACUGAAUGGACUAGUCAAUCACCUUUUCCUCAGCCAAAACCCUUCGCCCCCCCCCACCUAUGCGACUGUUCUCAGUAAUCUGUCAGUGGCUGACAUCUACCAAAUGAUUAUCUGAUAUCAAUACACGUAUUCAGGAGCUCAGCUGGAGCUUCGACAAAAAGCCAUUUUGAAAUACUAAGAAUGAACUAAUGAUGCAUUUUCAUGUUUUAAGUCGGACCUAUUUCCUGUCCCGCCUGACCGCACCCCCCCCACCUCCCAGAAAAGGCACUUUCCCCAUCAAGUCAUCAAUGAAGACAACAUGGAUAUUGGCUAGCUAGACAAUCCUGAUGUGGCUCUGUGUGAGAACUACAUACGAUCGAUGAAAAGAAGGAAGAAAAAAAAAAAAAGAUAUGUUAAUAUAACAUUUGAGAUGCUGAUCUGUGGUUUCAGAGGAACCAGAUGUUCUGACUGUGUGGAGUCCCAUGGUGGGUUAGUUGGACCCAGUCUACCUCAUUGAUUUAGCGGGAAGCAACUGCUUUGUAUAAAAACUUAACUGCUACUGUGGAGGGGGGGGGGGGGGGUUUAUGGGCUUAGCCUUCUCGGACAAGCAGGGAAUUUUAAGCAGCAGGUUUGCUCUAUCUACUUUAUGCUGAUAAUGAUUUACAAUAAUGAGCCAACAUAAUUAUUAUUCAUGAAUUGUUUAUACAGAGGAAAUAUAUGACAGUUUUGAUAAGAUAUUGCAUUAAAGUCACAAUCAGAAGCUUAGCAGGUGUCCUGUGUGCCACCAAAUCCCCCCCGGAUGUAGCGUUUUUUUUUUUUUUUUUCUUUUUAUUUAUGCUUCUGGAAAACCCUGUUUAUCCGCUGUGUGAAAGCACAAUAACAUCAACCUUUCAUUAGUUGCCUGCAGACAGCGACGGUGUGAGUGAACGGCUCGAGGGUCGCAGGACACAGUCUUUGAAGAAGAAGAAGAAGACCACGAUGUCCAAAAAAAAACCUAUCCAAGUACAUUUGCGUGUUUGCUUCAUACGUUGAAGUACCACUUGUUGCAAACCAGCCGGUGGAUGCAUGACUACUGUCCCAUUAAAUGCUUUUUAUUGCCCCCUCAAGUCAGUCUUUUCUCGACUCAACCUUGAACUUUUAAUCAUGCCUCUUCCUCUCUUAAUAUUCAGUGGACUGUUGUUAAACUUUACUGUAGUAAGUCUUCCUCUGCCUGAGUACAGCCUGCAGUGUUUCUACCCCCCCCCCCCCCCCC